ACGGCGUAAUGACGUAAGAGAGAGGCGUUCAUCUACAGUUCAGUACUCGCAAAGUGUAACAAGAACAACAGACCUUCUCAGCUCGGCAAUGUUGAAUGCUGUAACCAGGUGCCUUUGGUCAAAUCCUGUUGCAGGUAGAAGAAUGAUGUCUCAUCACAUAUCACAGAACUUGUCAGGAAAAGUUGCUAUAGUAACUGCAUCCACUGAUGGGAUUGGACUCGCAGCAGCAGAAGCCUUGGGUCAGAGAGGAGCACAUGUGGUCGUGAGCAGUCGACGUCAAACCAAUGUUGACAAGGCCGUGUCACUCCUGCGCAAUAAAAAUAUUAAAGUAAUAGGCACCACAUGCAACGUGGGCAAAGCAGAAGACAGAGAGAAGCUCAUUAACAUGACAGUCGAGAAGUGUGGUGGUGUGGACAUACUGGUGUCUAAUGCAGCAGUCAACCCGUUUUUUGGGAACAUAUUAGAUUCCACAGAGGACGUCUGGGACAAAAUACUUGGAGUGAAUGUGAAGGCUUCUUUUCUUCUGACCAAACUGGUUGUGCCUCACAUGGAGAAAAGAGGGGGUGGGUCAGUUGUGAUUGUGUCUUCAGUCGCAGGGUACCAACCAAUGCCAGCUCUGGGGCCCUACAGUGUGAGUAAGACUGCCCUGCUUGGUUUAACCCGAGCUCUUGCUCCUGAACUUGCCCAGAGCAACAUCCGAGUGAACUGUGUUGCCCCUGGCAUCAUCAAGACACGCUUUAGCUCUGCUCUGUGGGAAAACGAGGGUGUGCUGGAAGAGUUCUUGAAGCAGACAAGCAUAAAAAGACUCGGGCAGCCAGAGGAAAUUGGUGGCGUGAUUGCUUUCCUGUGUUCAGAUGAAGCCUCGUACAUCACAGGAGAGACCAUCACUGUAACUGGAGGCAUGAACAGCAGACUGUAAGAGGAGCGGCAGUGAAACAGAAAUUAUGUACGUCCACAUCUGAGGGAAAACCUCCUCACUCAAUGCACUUAAUUGUAAUAAAAUGAUUUUUGCAGAUUU